UUGUUUACUACCUGGAGGCUGUGUCGUUUUUUAUAUAAAAUAUAUUAAUAUCGCAUACAAAAUUGUAAUAAAUAACUCAUAAUGAUAGGAAGUGAUUAUACUUUGGAGCUCUGCAAUGUAUUUCACUCGGGCCAAGUUGAACCUGGGAGUUUCCUUCAACGGCUUACUGGUGGUGUAAAGACAGGUGUGAUCCUUAAAGAUAUAUCAUUUAUCACACAUAGUGGAGAGGUCACCGCCAUUUUGGGAUCUAAAGGAAGUGGCAAACGAGCUCUAUUGGACGUCAUCAGCCGCCGUGUACCCUCAAAAGGUCAUAUUCUGCUUGAAGGCGUGCCCUUAGAAGAGGAUCAUUUCAGGAAUACAUGUGCUGUAGUACGUCAUUCAACGAAGUUGCUUCCAGGUCUCACUGUUCAGCAGACUCUGUCAAUGUCUUUGACCAAGAUUUCAGGAUAUCUAAAAUCAUCAAAGGUCAAACAGGUAAUGGCAGAUUUGGCGCUUUCUCAGGUUUCACAUAAAUGCGUUACAAGUCUGACUAAAAGCGAAUAUCGAAGAUUGGUGAUUGGUGUGCAGUUGAUACGAGACCCAAUUAUACUACUCCUCGAUGAGCCAACAUGGGAUUUGGAUCCGCUCAAUACCUAUCUUGUUAUAUCGAUCUUAUCCAAUAUAGCAAAGAAAUAUGGUUCGGCAAUUAUACUUACCAUGGAGAAACCGAGAUCAGAUGUCUUCCCUUUUCUCGAUCGUGUCGUGUAUCUAUGUUUGGGAGACGUGGUCUAUGCAGGGCCUACCAGAAACUUACUGGAUUAUUUUGGCAGCAUUGGCUUUCCAUGCCCACAAUUAGAAAAUCCAUUGAUGUAUUACUUAUGUCUAUCAACAGUUGAUAGGCGUUCGCGUGAACGGUUUAUCGAAUCGAAUCAUCAAAUAGCUGCUUUGGUCGAAAAGUUUAAAGUUGAGGGUCAAAGUAUUGUGCAGGGUAACCCAACAGAACACAGCAGAAUUAUAAAUCCAAAUAAAAUACAGAUGAACUAUGGCAAGCCUGGAGGCGUCAAAGUAUUGUUUAUGAUUUACUUACGAAUUCUACUAUCAAUAUUUAAUUUUAAGAAGAACGGAAUAAAGCAAAUGUCUAUGCGACUCCUUUCACUACCGAUCUACUUCUGUAUUUUGUGGGUGUUCUACAAUGAAGCAAAGGAUUACCAAAGGGCUUUUAUAACGAAAAGUGGACUUAUCUUCAAUGCUAUAUUGGGAACAUAUUUCAUUAGUAUUAUGAAUACAAUUUGUUUAUAUGGGCCAUACAGAACACGAUACUACCAAGAAUCCCAGGAGGGGUUGUAUAGUGGAGCCAGUCUACUUCUAGCAUGGAACUUGGUGUCACUACCAUUCUCUUUCAUCUCUACAUUUGCAUCUGCUGCAAUUAUUUAUCCGAUACUAGGCGACAUAGCAGAGAGUCUGGAAUAUAUAUAUUUUGCACUGAUACUUUGGUCUUGCUAUAUAUAUGCAGAACAGCAAUCUUUAGCUAUCAUGAUGGUUGUCAAAAAUGGUUUAAUUGCAGCCAUAAUUAACAUUUACAUUACCUGUAUUUACGUAAUGUUGGCGAGUGGAGUUCUAAGAUCCUACAAAGGCUUUGAAGAAUGGCUAUUCUACCUGACAUACGCGACUCAUACACGGUACGCAUCAAUAUUCCUCCAUCGUAAUAUAUUCAAACAACCAACAUUUAAUAUCUUGCCGUACGAUGACGAAGAAAACUGUUCUUCAAUAACGAAUUUAAUUCAAACCUCAAGCAAUUUCAAUGCCACCUCUAACGGUAAUUGUAGGUAUGCCAGCGGUAAAGCAUUUUUAACUGAAAGAUUCACAUCUAAGAACUUCGCUGGUGACAUUUAUCUCAGCGGCGAUUUUAACCCAGAUUUCAAUUUGGGUGUGUCUUUCGCGUUCUCAGUUGGUAUGAUGGUUUUGAAUAAGUUCUUGUAUUUGCUUCCGUUGCCGGGAUAUAUUACAGAUAAAUUUCGGGAGUAGAUAUUUAGGUAUUUGAUUAUUGUUUAAUCAAGUGUUCAUUUAAACAACAGAUUAUAUAGUCUAAUGAAGAACCUUCACAGGUUUUGCUAAAGUAUGUUAAAAAUAGCGGUAGCGAGGACUUUUGAAACGUUUUUGCUUGUAUAAUUGAAUAAAUUCUCAGAAUAGAAUCUGUAUUCAUAUUAACUAUUUGUAUCAGUAAUAUUUUUUAUAGUAAAUAUAACACAAAUGUUAUGUUUUUAUUAAAUAAAACAUUUUUCACAUCUUUAAAUCGUAUAUUUCUUGUUAAAAUUACAUAAUAUAAAAAAAUCAUAAACAAUAUGUUCCCAAACCCUUGCGCAAGUUUAUGGAUAACCAUAGAUAAUAGUUUCUGUUUGAGUUUCAUUUUCACUCUCGCAUGGAAUUGGUAUGUUGUCAUCUAGAAAAGAUAAAUGUAUUAUCUACUAUUUCAUUAAGUAUUAAUACUAUUAAGUAAUAACAAGUUAACUUACGUCCAUA